GGGCAGGGAGGGUCACACGUGGCCGAGUUGCCGGGGCAUCACCUCUGGGUCCCCACAGCCCACCCCUCCCUCCCAGGGAGCUCUGGGAGGGGCAGUGACUGCAGGGGCACGUGGGAGGCUCUGAUGGCAUAGAGUCGCUGCUCAAUACUUGCUGGCGGCGAAGAGGAGGCGAGGGAAGGAGGGAGCGAACAAGGGAGCGCCGUCGAGGGCCGAGGACUGCCCCCCAGAGGCAAGAAAGAGCCCUGAGUGAAUGAAGAAAGGGGGGGCUGCAGGGAGGGGGCACGGGGAGAUGGCGCUGGGGUUACAGCUUUUGAGGUGUAAUCACCCAGCUACCCAUUUGCCAGAUGAGAAGACGGAGAGAGGGCUGGGGACGAAGCAGGCUGCUGGGUCUGCGGCGCUGGCCUCAGACCCGCAGCCCCGGGGCCGCCGCCACCUCCCUCUCUGCCCCUCAUCAUCCUCUUUCCUCUGCUGGGGUGGGGAGGGUUCCAGGAAGGAGACCUUUUCUCCGCCUCCGUGCUCCUCAGAUUCAGUUUCCGUCAGGCUCUGGUGUGGGGGGUGGCAGGGAGGGGUGGCCCCCGCAGGGGCUAUUUCAGGCAGAGGCAGCCCUGCCAGGAAACAAAGGGCGCUGCUCGCUCAGAGGUGCCCCAGUCCUGGUGAGAGCAGAAGCGCGAGAGCCUCGUGUCUGGCCUCCCCCCUUGACCCAUCCCACUUGGGGCCACCAAGGUGCUCCGGGGACAGGAAGGCUGCCUAUGAGGAAGCGGAGCACAGAGAUUGAGUAAUGAGCCUAAGGCUACACAGCUCACACGUGGCAGAGCUGGGAUUCGAACCUGGGCAUCUGGACCAGAACCUGUAUCUUGGCCUCAACCCUCUAUCUCCUCGCUCUGAGUGCCUUUGCAGGUAUUCGUUUUCUUUCUGGGCCUCAGUUUCUCCCGUCUGUAAAAUAGGGAGAGGGGGCGAUUUGAUUCGCUAUCCCAAAGGCUUUCCCUUACAGGAUUGUUGGACUUAAGCUGUGGGUUCUCUCUGGACACCAGCAAAUAUGGAAAUGCCACUUGAGAGGUAGGUACCCACAAGUCCCACUUAUCCCACCAGGGAGCCUCUUAAAGCAUUUGUGCUGCUGGCUUCUCCAAAACCCAGCCGGAAGGGGUGAGUAGAGGGGCAAGGUACAGGGUCCAAUGGCAUGGCAUGGCAUUUAUUAAGCACCUACUGUAUAUCGGGUCUGUGACAGGUUUACUGGUAAGGCCAUAGGCCCAGAAAAGGCAAGCGACAUCCCCUAGGCAGAACAGCAUAGAAGCAGGGGAGCCAGGAUUUGAGCCAAGCCUGCCUAGCUCUGAAGCUGGGUUUUUAAUCUCUACUUUCCGUCCCCAUGGGUCACACUAAGUUCCCUCUUCUGAAUCAGGCAGUCGGGUUCUGGUUCUGAAUCUGCUUCCAGCUCACUAAGACUGAGCAGUCCGUGCCCUCACUGUGCCUGGAUUUCCCUCUUUGUAAAGGAGCUGGAGACACUCAUCCUGCAGCCGUUUGACUUGGGGGGAGCUGUUCUCACUCUGGCCACCAGGGGGCACUGUGGCCCCAGGGGCUUUGCUAGAUCCCCUUUGUCCAGGGGAAGGAGGCUGAGGGAACUCCUGUAUCACCUCCUUCCCCCAUUUUACAGAUAAGAAGACUGCUCCCAAAAGAAGGACCAUGGCUUUGGAAGGCGGAGUCCAGGCUGAAGAGCCCCUCUGGAUGUAGGAGGCCCGGCGGAACAGCCAUGGCCAUGGCGUGGGACAACGGCACAGGCCGGGCCCUGAGCUUCCCGCCCACCACUUGCGUCUACCAGGAGAACUUCAAGCGGCUGCUCUUGCCACCUGUGUACUCGGUGGUGCUGGCGGCUGGGCUGCCCCUGAACGCCUGCGUCAUCGCCCAGAUAUGCACGUCCCGCCGGGCCCUGACCCGCACGGCUGUGUACACCCUGAACUUGGCCCUGGCUGACCUGCUGUACACCUGCUCCCUGCCCCUGCUCAUCUACAACUAUGCCCGGGGUGACUACUGGCCCUUCGGAGACCUCGCCUGCCGCCUGGUCCGCUUCCUGUUCUACGCCAACCUACACGGAAGCAUCCUUUUUCUUACCUGCAUCAGCUUCCAGCGCUACCUGGGCAUCUGCCACCCGCUGGCCCCUUGGCACAAGCGCGGGGGCCGCCGGGCCGCCUGGCUAGUGUGCGGGGCUGUGUGGCUGGCCGUGACAACCCAGUGCCUGCCCACAGCCCACUUUGCUGCCACAGGCAUCCAGCGAAACCGCACCGUCUGCUACGACCUGAGCCCACCCAGCCUUGCCACCCACUACAUGCCCUAUGGCAUGGCCCUCACGGUCAUUGGCUUCCUGCUGCCCUUUGGCGCCCUGCUGGCCUGCUACUGCCGCCUGGCCCGCCGUCUAUGCCGCCGGGAUGGCCCAGCAGGGCCUGUGGCCCAGGAGCGGCGUGGCAAGGCGGCCCGCAUGGCUGUGGUGGUGGCAGCGGCCUUCGCCAUCAGCUUCCUGCCUUUCCACAUUACCAAGACGGCCUACCUGGCGGUGCGCUCCACGCCCGGCGUCCCCUGCCCGGUGCUGGAGGCCUUCGCGGCCGCCUACAAGGGCACUCGGCCCUUCGCCAGUGCCAACAGCGUCUUGGACCCCAUCCUCUUCUACUUCACCCAGAAGAAGUUCCGCCAGCGGCCGCAAGAGCUGCUCCAGAAACUCACAGCCAAGUGGCAGCGACAGGGUCGCUGAGUCCACUGGUGCGGGACACCUGAGGCUGGAGCAGCCACUGUGGUUGCCCCUGUGGCCUGGGCACCGGAAGCCCCGGCGACCCUCAGCUGGGCAGGGAGUGAGGUCCCCACGGCCCCCCACAUUUCAGCUAUUUAUUAAGCCUUUUCUCUGGAGCAGGCCCUGUGGGUACAGGGAAAGUCAGGCCUGGGCCUAACUCUCCAGAAGGUCCCAGGAAGCCAUGGAGAGUCGGGGCAAAGCUGCUCACACAAAUAUAGUGUGACAAACACCGUAA